AUGGCUGCGACAGCCUCGGCGGAAACAAGCAGCAGACAGCCUUGCUACGGGUUGAUCCGUUGCGCUCUCUUGAGUCGCGACGACCGAUCAAUGACUUUGCAAGAGAUCUAUCAGUGGGUUCGUCUCAACACCAAGGAAGACAUGACUCCUACCACGUCAACGAUUCGCUACAAUCUCAGCACGAACGAGGUUUCGGUUCAGACCUUCAACGAGCGGUCAAAAUGGCAGCUGCCAUCCCAAUUCAUCCACAAAAUGUCACCCACAAGCUUUUACCACAGACAGGCAGUCGCCUCCGGCGGUGUACCCCGUAAAGCCACACGCAAGCCGAACAAUCUUCUACCCGCACGGAAGAAAACGCGUCGUGGUAAAGAUACCACAGAUCAGACUGCGGGUAGAUCCGUUGGCGUAAUGGCUCAUGUGAGCACCUUUGCAGAUGGUGACAGUAUCUGCGGUGCCCCCAGAUGCUUCGAUGAGCAACUUCCAUCGGUGGGCAGGACUUCAUUCCACUAA